CCGCUUUGUCUGCGCCGGGCGGCACGUGGGGGCACCGGGGGCCCCGCUCCGAGCCCCCAAUCUCCCUCCUCCCGGCGGCACCGCGCGUGGGGAGCGGCGGGUGGGAAGGGCCAGGGGGACCUUCGGUGCUGGGCCCGGUACUGGGAUGCGGCGGAGUUUUGCCAUUGUCUGGAACCGGUGGUGGGUUGGGGGGGACGGGGAGCCCUUAGCUUGGUCCCGGCAAAGCCAGGCCCGCAGCUGUGAGGGAACGGGGGGCCCUGCUGCUCCUGGUUCCUGCAGCCUCUGGGGAUUUCUGGGUGCCUGGUCCCCGGGAGGGCCAUGCGGGGUGCCCUGGGUCUGGGAUGCGGUGGGCAGGAGUAGGGGAUGGGGGCACCCUGGGGUGUUCCACCUGCAGCCCAAUCCCUCUGGCAUCCUGUGCUGGGGGCACGGUGGUUCCAGGCUACAAUGCAGCUUUGCUAUGGGAGCAAAUCCCACCACAGCCCCACUGCUGCCAUCCCCCAGCUCCCAGCUGCCCUCCAGGACCCUCUGUCCUUGUCCCCUGGGUGCUCGCGUGGGGGUGCUGUGGGCACCCCAGAAACUGGUACUGGUGCAUGCCAUGCGUGCUGAGCUCCUGCCAGGCCGCGCGCGCUCUCCUGUUGGGUGUCCACUGGUGUGGGCCCGAGCAUUGCCCCCUCCCCACCAGUCCCACUUUCCAGGUCCCCGCAGCUCUGCUUGCGGCACAGUGGGUGAGUGCGGUGCAUGUCGGUGGCCAGGAGGCAGCUGUCAGCCCAGGGUACAUCUGGCUUCCCAGCAUCCGCUGCAAAGCUCCCCGCAGAAGCUGCUGAGAGCAGCAGAAUCGGCUCCUGGGAAGGCGAGCGCUGGGAGUGGGCCACCCCUCUUCUAGCACCGAACCCCACAGCUCCUUUGUUGUGGCUGAGCCCCAUGCUCCCCAUCUCCUCCAGUCCACCAUCACCAGUGGUGCUCGGUGCCAGCAGCAGCAGCAUCCUUACUGCAGGGCCUAGUGCCCACCCUCAGUGCGGGAUGGGGAGCAGUGCUGGGGGACCAUAUGCCCAUCGUGGCUGGUGGGACUGUCCCCAGAUGUUGGCACUGGGCAGGGUGAGCUGGGGCUGUGAGGACACCGUGUUGGAGUGCAUUCUAGGCUGGCUCGGGGGAUGCCGGGAUCCCCAUGGCCACGGGAUGUUUAGUCUGGGAUUUCCCCCGCCCCAGCCCAGUCCUGGAGGGUCCGAGGCUCCCCUCCCCCUCCCCAGCCUCGCGGAGGCUGCUGGGGCCCAUUACUCGAUAGGAAAGGAAUUUGGUGCUGCUUUCUGAGCACGCUGACUCCCUGGAGCUCGCAGCCACAUUGGAAACACAUGUGCCCGGGUUGGGACAGGCAGAACAGGGCACCCCCCCAUUUCUGACCCCACACAGGGGGCAGGCAGCUGCUGGAGAACCGCUGUGGUCUGGCUCAUAGCAAUAGGGGCUGCAGAAGGGCAGUGGCUCUGCCCUCUUGGCAGUGAUGGGGAGAUUCCAGUCACGAGCAUCCCUGCUCCUUGCCUGUCCCUACAUCACCCAUGGGUGAUCUCAAAGCUCAGGUGCUGGGGAAGCUGCAUGGGAGGAUGGAAGCAUGGAAGGAGGUGGUCCAUAGGGUCAUGGUGCUGUUGGUCCCUGCUCAUGGUGAUGCUCUAGGCUCUGUGCAGGGCUCGGGACACUGGAACUGUCCCUCCCAAUGCAGGAACAGGGGCUGUUCUGAGGGCAGUGCCCACAGUGCUGAGCCACAGGAACACCUCUGGGUGCCAGCAGCAGCGUUGUGCUCGGGGUGCUGCCCUGUGUGGGAGAGGCUGGGGGUGGGCAGCAGGCAGCGGGUGCCCUGGCUGCUCUGCCUUGGCUAUGCCCUACUUUUGCAUCCUGUUCAUUCUGCUUUAUGAACCCCACGGUCCUGCCUGCAGCCCCCCACAUUGCAGCCCUGUCCCUGGGGGAAUAGAGCAGGGCCAGGGCUGGAGCUGCCACCUUUUCCAGUGCUGUGAAGCCGCCCUGCUGCCUCCAGCCUGGGAGCCGCGCUGGCUCAGGCGGCCGAUUAGCGGGAUUUGGAUGUGCGGAUUAAAGUCAAUCUUGUUGGUGCAAUUAUCUGUGGCUCACUGCAAGAGCAGGGCUGGAGGGAGAUCAGGGGCUGUGGGUGCUGCAGGGCGGAGGUAGCCUUGUUUCCCCCCCUUUGUUAGGCAAGGCCCUAAAUUUCCAUUAUUUCUCAGCUGGAAGGAGGCAGCCGAGGCCCAGGAUGGAGCUGUGUGGCUCCAGUGUGGGGCUCUGCCCAUGGGGGGCACCCGUUUCCCAUUCCUGCUCCCAUCUCUGCUUUCCCUCACCACUUCCACAUCCCAUCCCCACUCCCCAUCUCCCAUCCCCGCUUCCCCAUCCCCUUCCUGGAAGCCACCAACUCCGGUGGGCUCCUCCUUCCCCAGCACCGCAGGGAUUUUGGCUCUCCGUUGCUGCUGAUCGGCAGAGCUGCCCGCCCACUCGGCGAAAGGAUUAUUUGGGGGGGGAAGGAAGAGGGGGAGUCCAGCAUGGUUGGCCCCGGCCCCCCGGGCACAGCGCGUGACGGUGGUGGGUUUGGGUGCCCGCCAGGUCCCCGCUGCCUGCCUGCCUCCCCCGCUCCCCUCCACUAAUCACCUCGUCAUCGGGGCGAGCUGCAUCCCAGCUGGGAUGGGGGGUUGCCAUAGUGACGGAGGAUGCUGGUUGCCUAGCAACAGCCAUCCCCUCGCCCACCCGCCCUGGACCAAUUCAGGGCACAGCGUUCUCCCCCCACGUUGCCGCCUACCCACACUUGGGGACGUGCACGGGGUCUUAUGGAGCCCCAGGGCCCUCUACACAUACGAGGAUGGCUCCGAUGACCUGAAGCUGGCAGCAUCAGGAGGAGGGGGUCUGCUGGAACUCUCUGGGCACUUUGAGAUCCAGAAGGUGAUGUACGGCUUCUGCAGUGUCAAGGAGCCCCAGGCCGUGCUCCCCAAAUAUGUCCUCGUCAAUUGGGUGGGUGAGGAUGUGCCUGACGCCCGCAAGUGUGCCUGUGCCAGCCACGUGGCCAAGAUCGCAGAGUUCUUCCAGGGUGUAGAUGUUAUCGUCAAUGCCAGCAGCGUGGAAGACAUUGACCCGGGGGCCAUCGGGCAGCGGCUCUCCAACGGUCUGGCACGUGUCUCCAGCCCCGUGCUGCACCGCCUACGGCUGCGCGAGGACGAGAAUGCCGAGCCCGUGGGCACGACCUACCAGAAAACUGACGCCACCGUGGAGAUGAAACGGCUCAACCGGGAGCAGUUCUGGGAACAAGCCAAGAAAGAGGAGGAGUUGCGCAAGGAGGAGGAGAGGAAAAAGGCGCUGGAUGCGCGGCUGCGGUUUGAGCAGGAGCGCAUGGAGCAGGAGCGGCUGGAGCAGGAGGAGCGCGAGAGGCGCUACCGGGAGCGUGAGGAGCAGAUCGAGGAGCACAGGAGGAAGCAGCAGAGCAUGGAGGCGGAGGAGGCCAGGCAGCGUCUGAAGGAGCAGUCCAUCUUUGGGGAGCAGCAAGAGGAGGAUGACAGGCAGCAGCUCCGGAAAUCAGAGUCAGAGGUGGAGGAGGCCGCUGCCAUCAUUGCCCAGCGACCCGACAACCCCCGGGAGUUCUUCAAGCAGCAGGAGCGGGUGGCAUCGGGCAGCAGUGACGCCAUCUCUCCAGGCAGCCAUAGGACAGGCAGCCAGUCCGACUACCGAAAGGUUUCGGCAGCAGGCUGCAGCCCCUGCGAGUCCAGCCCGGCCUCCACGCCGCUGGGCGAGCAGCGCGCCCGCGCCCCGGCUGAAGAGACGCCGGCAACGCCCAAAGACUCCCCCAGCCCCAGCACCCAGGUGGCAGAGCCGGCGGUGACCGAGCAGCACUGGCCCUUCCCCGGGCCUGAGGACAAAGCUGCAGAGCCGCCGGGGGACGAGCCCGACCCCGACCCCAGGCCGGCGUGGACAGCGGGGGCUGACAUGCUGGGGGACCUGGUGGCCCUGGAGCCCUCCGAGCCGUCCCCAGUGCCCGCUGUGCCCGACCCCCAGCCCGUGGAGACACCCGGCGUGGCCGAGCCCCUCAUCGAGCUGUGGCAGAGCGAUGGUGCGGCCCCCGCCGCCUCCAGCACCUGGCCCCUGCCCGACACCCCUGCGGGACCACCGGUCCCCCCUGAGGAGGGCACGCUGCUGGGCCUGGACGAGCUGCCUGAGCCCCCCGCCACGUUCUGUGACGCGGAGCAGCACGAGGAGGUGGAAGAAGAAGAGGAGGAGGAGGAGGCCACGGCGGGUGGGCCCCAUCCCACGGGGCUGGGCUACCAGGAGGGCUACCAGGAAGGCCACGAGGUGCCCCCCAUCACCAACGGGGAGAUGGGCCCCAAGGACGGCACGGCGGGGCGCGGCGAGCAGGCCAGCGAGGGCUACUUCAGCCAGUCCCAGGAGGAGGAGGCCCCGCCGCCCGAGGAGCCGUCGGCCAAAGCCCCACAGCCCGUCUUCUACAACAAGCCGCCAGAGAUCGACAUCACGUGCUGGGACACGGACCCGCUGCCCGAGGAGGAGGAGAGCUUCGGGGGCGGCCUGUAGGCCCAGCGCAGCCUGGAGGCCCCGCCGGCGCGGGGUGCGAGCGGCCGUGGCCGGGGCCCCCUCCCUGCUGGGGCCCCGCAGGAUGGGAGCCGGGGGGGCCGCCCCGCAGCACCCCGGGGUGCCUUUUACAGCCCCUCCCGUCUCUUUCUCUUUUAUAAGUUGUCGGUAGG